AUGUCCUGCGCUCAGUGCACCCGGAUGGGGAAACCUUGCGUGACCUCCUCGGUCGCGCGUCUCGACGCUGUAGCCGAUGACCUCGCGAGCAAGAUCUCAGCGGACGAAGAGAACGCUUCGAAGAUGACGGACGAGCUCCUGUCGCUGCUCGAUAAAAUCCAGAGGGUGAAGGCGCGUAUAGCGCGGAACAAAGUUGUUCAGGAACAAAACAACCGGCGGUUGGAUGAGCAGGUGCGGCACAUGGUUGAAAAUGCGCCCGAGGAGGAGAACGACGGCUUUUCUGAGGCUAUCCGCCUCGGCACUCAGUUGGAGGCAGUUGGUGCUCCGGAUCCCUUCGCAUGGGAUUUUGUGCCUGCCGUGGAUUCGAACUCUCCUCGUGAGGUCCCUGGUGGUUUAGGUUGA